UUUCCCUUCUCUCUCCUCCUCCUCCUCCUCGACGCGUCGCAGGCGGUGCUGCUCCUCAAACUCCAGCAAUGGCGCGAGUCCGCAACAAGAACGGGCGGCGCGGCGGCGGCGGGGGCGGCGGCAAGGGCAAGGGCGGGGGCGGCAAGUGGAAGAUGCCGGCGUCGGUGGCGCGGAAGCAGCAGGCGGCGAUGGCGAACGUGGACCAGGUCAGCGGCGCGAGGAUCCCCAAGAGCUUCGUGUUCUCCCGCGGCAAGCUGCCCUCCACCCUCCGCCACCUCCAGCAGGACCUCCGCAAGGUCAUGCUCCCCUACACCGCCCUAAAUCUCAAGGAGAAAAAACGGAACAACCUUAAGGACUUCAUCAAUGUCUCCGGGCCACUGGGUGUGACACAUUUCAUGAUCCUCACAAAUCCCAAGAGCUCGCCGCACUUGCGCUUGGCGACGACACCUCAGGGUCCUACCUACACAUUUCAGAUAAAGGAGUAUGCUCUCGCUGCUGACAUUGCAAACUCACAGAAGCGACCAAGGUGCCCCCCAGAGAUAUUCAAGAACUCACCUCUGACCGUACUCGGUGGCUUUGGGGGUCUUGACAAGCCUUACAAGAGUUUGGUUGAGUUCUUUAAGUACAUAGUCCCCUCUGUUGAUCCAGCAACUGUUAAACUUUCAACCUGUCAAAGAAUUUUGUUGUUACAAUUCGACAAAGAAAAGGAAAUUAUUGAUUUCAGGCAUUACUCCAUCAAGCUCCAGCCUGUUGGUGUUACCCGCAAGAUUAGAAAGCUCAUGCAGAACAAUCAAGUGCCAGACCUAAGGGAACUGAAAGAUGUUAGCGAUUAUGUGACAAAAGCUGGAUACGGAUCAGAAAGUGAAGCUGACGAUGAAGCAGCAACUGUAAAUCUAGCUAGUGAUGUUGACAAAUUAAACCGAGCAUCCAGAAAAAGCGCAGUCAGACUCCAGGAGAUCGGACCAAGGAUGACACUGCACUUGGUUAAAGUUGAAUCUGGGUUAUGUUCAGGAGCUGUGCUAUACCCUGAACCUGUAGCCAAAGAAGGGGCAGAGGAGGAGGGAAAAGAUGUUGACGAAGAGAUAGGACAAGAAGAUGAGGACUUAAUGGAUUCAUAUGAUGACUCCGAGGAUGAGUCAGAGGAGUAAUUUGUAUGGGAUUGAGGGAAGCACUAGCCGAACUGCCUAACGAGGAUCUCCAGCAAUUUGAAGCCUCCACACAGCCGAGGGAGAUGCAAAGAUUACCCUGAGUCUGCGUUUUUCCGCUAAAAUGAUAGGCCUUUAGUAAUGUAAUGUGCUUACGUUCAUCCCAGUUUUGUGAUAUGGUUUGCAGAUUUAAGCAUAGCGAUCACAACAAAGUUUAGUGGUACUGUUCUGAGAACGAACAUUUUUGACCGUGAUGUGGCUCAGGGUCGCGGUAAGAUGACCAAAAUUCUUCUUUGCUCGCUGUGAUGUAUUACA